UUUUCCCGACCCGUUAACAUCGCUGUCAGCUGUUGCUAAAAAUUUGGUUUCCAACACAAAAAUAAAAAUGGUUUUGUCAACGGACGAAUUCAUUAAGCGCAAGCACGAGCAUACUUUAAAGCUGCGCGAAGAGUUCCUGAAGCAGAGCUCGAAUCCCUAUCGUCAUGCCACCGGCGAGGGCGGCACCGUGUUCGAUGCCGGAUUAUCCCGCUUCCAGGCGAUGCGCGUUUCCAACUACGAGCAUUUCAAGCCCACUGGCAAGUCCUUCCGCACGGGACUGUUCGCCGUAGUUCUGCCAAUUGCCCUUUACGCCUGGGCCCUGAAGGCGGAACGCGAUGGACGCGAGCAGAAGUACAGGACUGGCCAGGUGGCCUACAAGGAUCGCCAGUUCAAGUUCAUUUAAGCCAUACAUUCAGCGAUUGAUCUUCGAUUUGUAGUGAAAUUAAAACAAGACCGAAAAGAAGCUCUA